UUUGGGGAUAAUAAAUCUUCUGCUAUUUCUCCAUAUCCUGAAAACCACUAUAUAUUACCCUCCAGGUUUCCCCUUCAACACUGUGAUUCAAAAACUCAAAAUAGCAAGACGGAGAUAAGAAUAACUAGAGAGAGACAGAGAGAUGGCAAGUUUUCCAGUUAUUAAUAUGAAGAAGCUCAAUGGAGAAGAAAGGGCUGCAACAAUGGAGAAGAUCAAAGAUGCUUGUGAAAACUGGGGUUUCUUUGAGCUGUUAAAUCAUGGGAUUUCUCCCGAAUUCAUGGACACUGUAGAGAGGCUAACAAAGGAACACUACAGAAAAUGCAUGGAGCAAAGAUUUAAGGAAAUGGUAGCGAGUAAAGGACUUGAAGCUGUUCAAUCUGAAAUCAAUGAUUUAGACUGGGAAAGUACCUUCUUCCUCCGCCAUCUUCCUGUUUCAAACAUAGCAGAAGUCCCUGAUCUUGAAGAUGAAUACAGGAAGACUAUGAAGGAAUUUGCAGCACAACUAGAGAAAUUGGCUGAGCAUCUUCUUGAUUUGCUUUGUGAAAAUCUUGGACUAGAGAGAGGCUAUCUGAAAAAGGUAUUCUAUGGCUCUAAAGGCCCUACCUUCGGAACCAAGGUCAGCAAUUAUCCCCCAUGCCCCCAGCCGGAUCUCAUCAAAGGACUUCGAGCACACACCGACGCCGGUGGCAUCGUCCUACUUUUCCAGGAUGACAAGGUCAGUGGCCUCCAGCUUCUUAAAGACGGUGAAUGGGUUGAUGUGCCACCUAAGCGCCACUCCAUUGUCAUCAACAUUGGCGACCAACUCGAGGUGAUUACGAAUGGAAAGUACAAGAGUGUGAUGCACAGAGUGAUUGCGCAAACAGAUGGAAAUAGAAUGUCCCUUGCAUCAUUCUAUAAUCCUGGAAGUGAUGCUGUGAUUUAUCCAGCAUCGGCAUUGGUAGAGAGAGAAGAGAAUAAAGAUUUGUACCCAAAAUUCGUGUUUGAGGAAUACAUGAAGCUCUAUGCUGGUCUCAAAUUCCAGUCUAAAGAACCAAGAUUUGAAGCCAUGAAGGCCAUGGAAAACACACCUAAUUUGGGUCCAACUGCUAUUGUUUAAGUAGUAAUUAGAUUAAAAUUCACUGUUGAAGAGUCUUAAUCUCCUCAGUCCAAUCUUAAUAUAGUCCUCUUAUAUUUGGAAGGAUUGUAAACUUAUAAAAUUCUCUGUUCAUCAAAGAAUUUGCCUGUGUUGAAUUCUACUGUAUUUAAUAUUUACAGAGCAAGAAGCCAUGGACGGCAAUGAUUUGAACUAC